AUGCCAAGGAGGAUUCUAUCACAAGGUGAUCAUCCUGGGGCACUGCCCGAGAGCGGCGCCGCGCAUUGGGCACUGCACGGUGCGGCCGUCACGGCCGUCGCGGUGGCCCUCAACGUGCUCCUCAUCCUCCUCCUCUCCUACUUCUUGUUCCGACGCUUCUUCUCGCCGAAGAGGAUCGAAAACGACGCCGACAGUUCUGCCCCUCCUUCCUCCUCCUCGGCAGAAUCCUCGCCCCCCUCCUCUACUCCGAGAAGCAGCAGUCGCCUCGAGCUAUCUCCGUUGCCUGUUUUCGUGCACCGUUCUGCUGCAAAUGGCGUCGAAGGAGCCGUCGACUGUGCAGUCUGCCUUGCGGGUUUCCAGGACGGGGAGAUCGGCCAGGUGCUGCCGCGGUGCAACCACAGGUUCCAUGCCGAGUGCGUCGACAUGUGGCUGCAGCUCGGAGGCGCAUGCCCGCUCUGUCGCGCUGCCGUCGCCGCAGUGGCGGCCGCGGAAGCCGACGGGUGUUCAGAUCAGGAAGGUUUGACGUUGGAGUUGGAUGGAUGA